AUGGAAGAUAUUAAACUUGAAGUUGAUAAAGAACCUUCUGUUGAAAGUAAUAUUAGUGAUGAAGAAUGUAUUGCAAGAAAUAAGAGAAAAAGAAAAGUUGCAUCAGAUACUAUGAGAAAAAUUUCUUCCCAUACAAGAGGAGGCCUACCAGAAAAAAAGAUACUUCGUAAAGGUAGUUUAGAGGUAGAUGAAGGAAGAGAAGGAUCAUGUGAUAGAUUUGGUUGUCAGUUGUCUAAUAAAUGUUGCUUAGAGUUGACUGAAAACUGUCAAAAUUUCAUUAUAAAUAAUAAUAUUAAAGAUGAAGGGACCAUAAAAAAUGGGGGCAUUCAUAAAAGUUAUCAUAUUUCUAAGGGAGAACAUUCAUGUACAACUUGUUAUGAUGAGAUUUAUAGAUUUGGAAAAAAGGGUGAAUUAAAAUAUAAAGAAUGGAAGAAACAAUAUAUUAAAGAGUCACGUUGUUUUCCACAUGUUAGAAUGUAUAUUCAAGAUGAACUUUUACCAUAUUGGAUUAAAUGUAAACAAUGUAACAAAUUUAGAAAGAUAAAUCAGAAAGUUGACAGUCAAUUUAUUUUUAAUUUUAAAUGUGAUAAUUGUGAAAUUAAUGAGGAUGAUAUUACAAAUGUUGCUAGAGAUAGAGAAUUUAUCAACUCUCUUUCUACAGUUCCUUUAUUACAUAAUUCACCUGCAGUUUUUUAUUUAGAAGCUGAAUAUUUUUAUGAUGAAAUUGGAAUGUCACCAGUUAAUACAACAAAUAAUUUUAAAAGUUUAUCAGAAAAUUUUAUGAAACCUUUUAAUGUUCCAGAUUCUCCAACAAUUGCUUUUUGUAUAAAACCAGAUAUAAUGGAGAAUGAUGAAAUUGAGGAGUUUCCAGAAUAUACUAAAGAAUCUUUAUAUUAUCUUGCUAUGCAACAAUGUGAAAGUUAUUUAAUUGUUAGAGGUCUUUCAAGAAUAUGGUAUUUAUUUGAACUAGAAAGGGUAUAUAAUUAUCUUAAUUUAAAAUGCAUAAUAAAUUAUGGAAUACUUCCAAUUGUUGAAAAAAAUUUUUUAAAAAUUCCAAAAUCAAAAAUUAUUAUUGUAGGGUCAGGAAUUAGUGGUUUGACAGUAGGACGACAAUUACGUUCAUUUGGUAUUGAUGUAACAAUAUUGGAAGCUAAAGAAAUUAUUGGUGGUAGAAUGCAAGAUGAUAGAUCUCUUGGUGUUGCUGUUGGAAAAGGUGCCCAAUUAAUUACAGGAAUAUUAAAUAAUCCACUUGUUGUUACAUUAAAUCAACUUGGAAUUGUUUAUAAACCUCUUGAUGAUUAUUGUCCAUUAGUUGAUUCUGUAAAUGGUGGUGUUGUUGAUAUAUUAGCUGAUAGAAUAUCUGAUGAACAUUAUAGUUGUCUUCUUGAUGCUAUUUCUGAUUGGAAAAAAAAUACAAAAGAUGAUGUUUCAUUAGAUGAAAUAAUGUCAUCUGUUCAUUUAAUGUUAAAGAAAAAAUGUAAAAUGCAUUGGAGAAAAGAUUUUGAAAGAUUAGUACAAUGGCAUAUUGGAAAUGCAGAAUUUAGUUGUGGAUCAAGAAUUGAGAAUGUCUCAGCAAAGCAUUGGGAUCAAAAUGAAGCAGCACCACAAUUUGCAGGUGAUCAUGCUUUAUUAACAGAUGGUUGUGGAAAAUUAAUGAAAUCAUUGGCAGAAGGAAUUGAUAUACGAUUAAAUGAGAUUGUGGAGGAAAUUGAUUUUACGGGAUCAAUUGUUAAUAUAAAAUGUAAAAGUGGAUCAUUAUAUGAGGGAAAUAAAGUUGUUCUAGCAUUACCAUUAGCUAUAUAUCAAAAAGAGGUAAUAAAAUUUGUUCCAAAAUUACCAGAUAAAAAAAUAAAUGCAUAUAAAAAUUUAGGUGCAGGUUUGAUAGAAAAAGUUGCAGUUAAAUUUCCAACAAGAUUUUGGUCAGGACUUUUAAAUAAAGAUGGUAAACUUGACUAUUUUGGUUGUGUUCCAUCAUCUGAAAAAGAUAGAGGAUUAUUCAAUAUGUUUUAUGAUUUUUCAAAAAUAUCAGAAGAUAAACCUGAAGAUAAUUGUUAUGUUUUAAUGAGUUAUGUUUGUGGUAAGAGUGUAAAAAUAGUAAAUGAACUUUCGGAUGAAGAAGUAGGAAAAUUAUUUGUAGAAACUCUUCAACGUAUGUUUCCAGAUAUAGAAAUACCUCAACCUUUGGGACAAAUUGUCACUCAUUGGGGUAGAGAUAAUUAUAUUGGAAUGUCAUAUAGUUAUAUAAAAAUAAAUGGAACUGGAGAGGAUUAUGAUAAUUUAGCAGCAAAUAUUGAUAGAAAAAUUUAUUUUGCUGGUGAAUGUACAAAUAGAUGGUUUCCUCAAACAAUGACUGGUGCUUUUAUCACAGGAUUACGAGAAGCAGGCAAUAUAUUAGAAGAUUUAUUCAAAAAGUAUUAA